GAGAGAGGUAGGAGACUGCUGGCAGAAAGGGGAAGAAGUUGUUCUAAGGGAUUUUCCUGCUCAUCACUGUUCAUUGCACAGCACUAAACUUUCCUCUGACCACAACGUUGUCUUCUGGACUAUUCUGGACUAUUCCUGGAAAGUGGAGGCAUGGAGAGUUUGUUCACACUUCUGUUGGAGACCGUAAAUUUCUCCUUUUAAUUUUCAGUGUUAUUUACAGGUUAGAAACUCCAGUAUUAGAGAGUAUUAUUUUUGCUAAUGAGAGAGAGAAAAUGGAUGCAUCCAGGGCACCUGAAAAUGAGUCACUUUUGUCCAGUUCCUCUGGUCUUGCCAGAUGGGAUCCCUUCCAUCGUCCCUUGGAUUCCAUCCAGCCCUGGCACUUCAGGCUUCUGGCAGCAGUAAUGUUGGUGGUGACCUCCCUGUCGCUUGCUGAGAACCUGGCUGUGAUCCUGGUAACUUUUAAGUUCAAGCAACUGAGACAACCUGUCAAUUAUGUUAUAGUCAAUUUGUCUGUGGCUGAUUUCCUGGUCUCACUGACUGGUGGCAUCAUCAGCUUUUUAACAAACCUAGAAGGUUAUUUUUAUAUGGGUUACUGGGCUUGUGUCCUGGAAGGAUUUGCUGUCACAUUUUUUGGCAUUGUUGCUCUCUGGUCUCUUGCUCUGUUGGCUUUUGAGCGGUACGUUGUGAUCUGCCGCCCACUGGGAAAUAUGCACCUGAGUGGGAAGCAUGCAGCCCUGGGUAUUGCCUUUGUGUGGACCUUUUCCUUCAUUUGGACCAUUCCACCAACAAUGGGUUGGAGCAGUUACACCACCAGUAAGAUUGGAACUACUUGUGAGCCUAAUUGGUACUCAGGAGCUUAUACUGACCGUACAUACAUUAUUGCAUUCUUCACCACCUGUUUUAUAGUGCCUUUAUCUGUGAUUUUGGUAUCCUAUGGAAAACUGAUGCAGAAGCUAAGAAAGGUGUCAGAUACACAAAGCAGGCUGGGAACUACCAGGAAACCCGAAAGACAAGUGACUAGAAUGGUUGUGGUUAUGAUCAUUGCCUUUCUAAUCUGCUGGAUGCCAUACGCCGCUUUUUCUGUCCUAGUCACUGCAUAUCCCUCCAUUGAGCUGGAUCCUUGUCUGGCAGCAAUUCCAGCUUUUUUUUCCAAAACAGCUACUGUUUAUAAUCCAGUUAUUUAUGUCUUUAUGAACAAACAGUUCAGGAAGUGUCUGAUUCAAAUGUUCAGCUGCAGUGCCAUAGAAAUUGCAGAGUCCAACAUGAACCCGACUUCAGAGAGAGCGAUGCUAACCCAAGACAAAAGAGGCAGUGAGAUGUCCACCAUGGCAGUACGUAGCACCGUUUCAAAGAGGAAAAAUGGAGAUGAACACAACAAUUGCUGAUCUUCUGUUUAAUUUGCAGCUUCAUAAAACAAAAUCUGUCCCAUGUAGGGUGGGAGAUAAGAUCAUUAAUGCAGUGCCAAAGCAUAUUUCCUUAUUACCGUCACUUAACGCAAAAAAUGUUGUCAGUAGGGACACUAAGCUCCUGUGAAUACCAGCUUUUGAGAUUCCAGGCUCCUGAAUGAUACAAGAUUUUCUUGGCUCUGCAGUUGCAGCCAAACACCCAGCCAUAAGGUGAGUCUCUUCCUCCACUGUGUUGUUCUUCCCAAUCCACAGCCUGCUUGCUCCUGAAAAUAACACUGGGGAAGUCCAGUCCCGCUGUGCUGGCAUGUAGCACAGUAAGGAUAGGAGAGUUUUACGCUGAUGAUAGCUCCUUGGUCAGCUGGACAAAACCAUGAACUGACACAGGGCUUCAGUAAGCUAACAGACAUAUAAAUAAUAUCUAGCACUUAGGUGACUCAUUUCAGGCAAUGAGGUUCUGAGAGGAAUGGGUCUAAGUGCUUUUCUGGUUGGUUUGGGAACUUUUACUAAAACAAACAGCAAACCAACCAGAAAAAGCCCAAAGCUCUGCACUUGUGUCUGUUCUUGGUGAAAAUCUUAAUGGACCACUGAGAUCUCCACCAGCUUGGACAAGCCAUCCACACUCCCAAGCGCUAUUUUAAUAAUAAGAGCCCUAUCAAGAGCUGUUCGUAUCCUCUCUCUGCAUUCUCUCUUUGUCAAGAAAAUAUUCUGUGCUUGUGGCAACUUUUGAAGUAAAUAAAUUUGGACUAGAUGAUUGUUUUAGGUGCCUUCCAACUGAACUAUUCUGUUAACUGAACUUUAGAACAGGAGUUAGCAGCAUAUAGGAAAGUGUAACUGUGCAGGAAUGCUGGAGGAAGGGCCAGUAGCACAGCUUAGAGUUGUGAAGCUGAGCUUUGUGGGACAGAAUU